CGAUAUUCGAUAUUCGCAGUUACACAUCAUCUGUCCACAUUCGUACCUAUGUACAUUACAGUCUCAUCUGGCCAGCAAUAACCUUUGUGUCUCCUUCUCAAUGCUUUCUAGGUGGUACUGAGCGACCAUCUCUCUCUCUCCAUUUCGAUCCUCGGUUGUCAUUUAUUCCUAUCUCGGUCUAUAUACCCUUUGAUUGUUGUGAACUACGAACUCCCGCCGCAAUGACAUGGUGGUGGAUGUUAGAAAAACGAAUGAUAGAGAUGGUGCGCUAUUGACCUUCUAGUUGGCCGCUUCAACCUUUCCCCGUUUCUAAUCGUCCCCAGCUCCUCCGGAGUCCGUCCUUUCAUCGAGGCGUUCAGAAGGUUCACAAAAAGGUCCAUGAGUUACAACACGGCAAACCCCCGGAGUACUAUGGGGGAACACACAUUGACUCUGAACAAGAAGCCGGCCGCGGCGUAAAAAAUCUAUUCAAGUUGUUUUGGGAAGAACUCAAAACAGGCCACAAACCACCAGAACCACCGACGAAGAGAUGACACCAGCCGCCUCCGUCCGGUGUGAGUGAAUGAAGUAAUGUUUACAACGAAACAAGGUCUCGAUUAGCAAGGUGUUUCGGGCGUUUUAGUGAAGACCUAUUUGCCCAGGGGGGUCUUGUCCAAAAUGGCUGUAUGCAUAUUGUUUGCAACGCGUGUGGAGACAUCUGAUUUGGAAAGUCACGGCAAUCUUGGGAAGAAUUUCAAGUUUUUUUACAAGUUGAAUGCUCAACUCCUUUGUCAUUCCGUGAUGGUAGGCAGGAUCACCAUUGGGACCAUGGGGCCUCCCCCCCUCCCCGAUCUGAUGGCAACCGUCGACACGAAGAGAACGAGCCGAGACAGGAAUGGAAGAUGUAGGUCUAAUCAAUAUGGUCUCAGCAUCGUGCAGAGAGAUCGUCUUCCGUGCCCCGGCGUCUUACGCCGCGGUAUAUUGUACGCACCCCCUUUUGAUCGCCGACCUCUGAUUGAUUAGGGAUCCUGUUUGUCCGGGUAAGUAUCUGUUGUACAUCUGGGCUUCCUUUCCCUGGACAGAUUGCUGGUCGAACAGAAGAAAAUUGCUCACGCCAAUUCCUUUGAUUCCUGUAGCAAGUCGUUCAGGCUAUGGAGUACCGAGACGGGUCGGCCCUUUGUUGCUAUCUAUUGCCACGUCAUACACAUUUGAGGAGGCGGGAAAUGAAUUUACCAACCGGAUACAGAUUGGGUCAACUCAUCGUCAUUCCUCCAUGCGAGUCUGACCCUCAUUCCAUCCGAAGAGAAACCAAACACUUCGCCUUGAUCGAACUCAUGAUCUUGUCAUACUUCAAGAUCAGCGGAAAAUCCCUUUGCAAAGCCGAGGAAAUGGCGAACAUUGACACACGCCCCUUUCUCAUGUUUGGAUACACAACGAUCUCUACUCUUGCCACGUGCCCUCUGAAAGCAAGCCACAAUGGCACAGACAGGGCAGCUCGUAACAAUGCCGAGAGCUACGAGGCAAUAUCGAUCUGCCCAUGUUCUGUCCGCAACAUAUCUUCGUCCUUCCAAGGGGGCUUGACAAGCGGGGUUCCCCGGCCUGUUCGUCCCCCGAGGCGCCCUGACAAUUGCCUUGUCAGGCUCGGAAAGGCAAGAAUUCGGUCGGUCCCUGCAGGUGUUGCACUGUCAACUGUGACUCGAUGUUUUAGCUAGGACGAGCAUUUGUCAGUAACUGCUCAAUGAAAAUGUUGAAUCCGGCUGUGCACGUUUCACGUUGUACCAUGUAA